AUGGCAUACUUACCUCUUCACAUCAUGGAGAACAUACUCUUGAGAUUGCCAGUGAAGUCUAUGCUCCGUUGUAGGUGCGUCUGCAAAGCUUGGUGCAUGUUAAUUUCUCAUCCACAAUUCGCUAAAACCCACCUCCAACUACCCCAAACACAAGCCAAAACUCGAUUAUGUAUCAUAAAGUAUGAAGAAGAAAAGGAUGAUGCUUGUCUGGCAGUUCGGGUCUCUACUAAAGACUGGGAAUCAAUUGGUGAUGGUGAUGGUGAUGGCAAUGAUGAGUUACUCGAUGGUUUUGAUUAUUCAUUUGGUGCGGCAAAUCUCAAACACCAUCUCCGUUUUUUGAAUUCUUGUGAUGGGUUGUUGUGUCUGGUCGACAUGUUUGGUGAAUUUGUCUUGUGGAACCCAUCUACCAGGCAGUAUAAUCCAUUACCACCAAAUCCUAAUGGUCCACAAGAUACUGCGUAUGGAUUGGGGUAUGACCCCUCUACCGAUGACUACAAGAUAGUGGGUUAUCAUAGCUUAGGGUAUGAGACUAUGGUGGCUGUUUUCUCGUUGAAAUCCCGUGAGUGGAGAAGAUUGCAGGAAAGACAUGAAAGUCAAGUCGUAAGUUCGGGGAAGGAAGCUGUCUUACAUGGGGCAGUGCAUUGGAUAGCUCGUGAUCUGAAUCAAGACCAUUGCACAGUAAUAGUGGCUUUUGAUUUUGAAAAAGAGGAGUUCCGGCAGAUGACCGCUCCAUGGGAUGAUGAAUCUUACCAUAUAUUGUCUGUGAUGGGAGGAUGCCUUUGUGCACAAGAAGCCAUAGAUCGAAGUAAGAUAUGGGUGAUGAAAGAAUAUGGUGUUGAGGCAUCUUGGACUAGGAAUGAUUUGGAUGACAAAUUCAAGUCCCAGCUACUCCUUCUCGAUAUGAUCAGUGACCGUCAUGACUGGUUCAGAUAUGAUACCAACUUACUCGUGGAAACUCUAGUUUCACCUUAUCCAUCAAAGAAUGAAUGA